AAAACCUUCGGCCCCUUUAUCCAUUACCUUUCAUUUGCUAGGGUUUUCACUUUUCUCUUGCGGCAAAACACAAUCACUCAAGGAACGGAGCUCGUAUCAGUCGGCCGUCGAAAAUGUCGAAGAGAAGGACCAGGGAGCCAAAGGAAGAGAAUGUGACCCUUGGACCUGCCACUAGGGAUGGGGAGCUUAUUUUUGGAGUUGCCCACAUUUUUGCAUCAUUCAACGACACUUUCAUCCAUGUGACUGAUUUGUCUGGAAGGGAAACCUUGGUUCGUAUCACUGGUGGCAUGAAGGUUAAAGCUGAUAGGGAUGAGUCUUCCCCAUAUGCAGCUAUGCUUGCAGCACAAGAUAUUGCUCAAAGAUGCAAGGAACUUGGGAUUGCUGCCCUUCACAUCAAGCUCCGAGCCACUGGUGGCAACAAGACAAAGACUCCAGGUCCUGGUGCCCAGUCUGCUCUUCGUGCACUUGCUCGUUCUGGAAUGAAAAUUGGCCGUAUAGGUACAAGUUUCUUUACGUUCUCUACUUGAUUCGGUGUAAUAUGUCUCCGUGACGGGCGUCCUGUUUGAAAUGUGAUUGAAGUUUUAUUGGUAAUGGAAUUUAAAUUGUCUAGUGUAUUCUGUUUGUUAUAUGGUAGAGUUUGUCUGGCACUUUUGGCUAAUAUUCCCUUGUUUAAGAACGGGCAGCAAUUUUUAAAAUUGAAUUGGACUUUCCGUUGGCUGCUAUUUGGAUCCAUUUCGGUGUUAACCAGUGUUGGAAAUUGAUCAUUGUUCAUUUACUAGACAUGGUCUCCUUUCUUGUUGGAAACUCACCAGCUAAAUUGUUUUUGUUUUGACUGGUGUUGUUUUCUGGUUUAAGUUUUGGAGUUUCAUUUGUCUUCUGGUAUGCAUGAGUUUCAUGUAAGCUUGUAUAUUCCAAAUUGAAGAUCUCGAAGUGGUUUAUGACUCUUAUAGCCAAUUUGUCUGAACUCUGAAGAGAAUUUAGUCUGUAGUGAGAUGUUGUAAUACAUUUUUGAGUGACAUUUGUGUAUGUUCUUUUGUCAGAGGAUGUGACUCCCAUCCCAACGGACAGCACUCGCAGAAAGGGAGGUAGACGUGGAAGGAGGCUGUAGAGUUCAGUUAUUAUAUCCACUUUGGAUUUUACUCUGUUGAGGAAUGCUAAGAGAGUGGGUGGAAGUUUAGUUGGGUUGGAUAUGAUAACCUGUCAUCUUUUUGUCGCCGUGGAAUUGGCCUUACAAAUUGUUACUUCGAGGAUAAUUAUCAAAUUAUGUUCUACUGUUCUAGUUAAUUUGUUCUAGUUUAUGAAUGUUUUUGUUUGGCAAUAUAUAUUUUAAAGGCCUUCUGAAGUUCUUAUGGUUCAGAACUGAAUUUAACUUCGAAUCUAGCUUUUCAUUAUUGAAUGGGUCUUAUUGUGCCAGAGAACUCAGGUUCACUAGUUGCUAAUGGAGCAACUUUCUUUCAUUCACAUCCUGGGAGGUUGAUGCGCUAUCAAUCAAAUUGUAAAGGUUCUUACUUCUUAGAAUGUCAAUUGCAAAAUCAAAUACUGCUUCCGUCUUAUAAUUAUUGUCCAGUUUGAGUUUUUAUUUUUAAUUUAAAUUGUACUAAAAGUAAAAUCUGAAAUUGGA